UCAACGGAUCACCAGAUUCAAAAGCCAUCAUAUGUAGAGGACAGGUGGCAUUCAACGGUGGAGUUUAAUCAGGUCCCAUACUACAGCUGUACUAGUUGUGUAUGUUCUGCACCAUACUGGUGUUCUUCUAGAAAUCCAUUUAGCACGGUAUCAUGUAUUUCUGCAAGGGUGAUGAGAGGUGCUGAGAUUUAUCCUGGCUGUCGUGUUUUAGCUAGAAGAGAGAAAGAUGGUUUUUACUAUCUGGGGACAGUCGUACAUCAGGGCAGAGGAAGUGUUUAUAUGGUGGAGUUUGAUAAGAUCACAGGACCUGAAGGAAAUGCCUUUAUGGAAACAAUAAAUGCAGUUCAGCCAACUUACAAGCCUGAUAUGGUGAGCCUAAAUAUUGCAUAUGGGCACAGUAUAACACCAGGAGACACCGUUCUUGCACCAUGGGAGCAUGACUUGAAAAGAUAUGGGCCAGGAAGAGUCAUCUCUGGAAUAGAGCUGAGAGACUCAAUAAAAGGUGAUGAAGUUAAUCUUGGACUUCAAGUUCUCCUUUGGAAUGGGAUCACAGUGCACAUCCCCAAAGAUCUUGCAGUAUGGAUUCCAGCUUCUCAUUAUGAGCAAGUGAUUAAAGACCUUCAGCAUUAUUCAGCCAGACCAUGCUGCUGUAGGGUCUCACAAUGCUGCACCAUGAAUUGUUCUGGAUUUCCAUGUCAACAGUCCAUCCAUCACAGUCUGUCUUCCAUUCCACCCUGCAAAUGUUCAGUUAGGAGAUGCUGGCCGAUGUUAAUGUCACCUCCAUUACUGAACAACCAAAGGAGAGAUGACUUGGAAAGCAAAAUAGAUCUCCAAUUAAAAGAACUACACAGCUCUCAAAAGACACAAGUACUUUCAUCUUCCUCAUCAUCAACUUCUGACUCAGAAGACUUUACAGCUGAAGAACAAAGGCCUAGGUCAGAAAUGGUGAGCCGCUCGAUUAACACAGAGAUUUCGUGUCUGAAAAAGCCUUACAGUCAGCUUCAGACCAAACCGGCCUGGAGAUACUGGAAAAGGGGAUCUCCAGAACCACAGCACAAGCAACCAGGAAGAAGAGCCAGGUCUGCUAAUGUAAACUAUUCCUGGCCUGGAGACAGUGGGUAUUCUGGAUGCUCUACAGAUGACCGUUAUGAGACCAAUCACAGCUCUUUAUUUAAGUUGGUUUCUGAUUCACCAAAACAAGGUGCUUCUGUCAGGGAAAUAUUUAGAUCAACUGAACCAAAGCCGUUUUCUAAAGCUGCAUCUCCAAUAGUUCUGGCAAUGACCAAAAGGCAAACAAAAUAGAUGCUA